GCCGGGGGGGCGCUGGGCUGCACCCCCACGGCGAGGGGCCGGCCCGGGGGCAGGAGGGGCCGCCCCGGCCGGGCGGCGGCGCGGGGAGGGAGGCGCACCCCGGCGGGGCCGCAGCUCCGCUGCCCCGGCCCGGUGCCGCUUCCCGGGCUGAGAUCCAGCUUGGGAGCCCCGGUCGGAGAAGCUCCCGCCGGCCGGGGAGCCUGCCGGCCCGCUGCCCCUUCCCCGCUUCCCGGUGCUUCUCCCCCGGGUUCCCGGGGCCGGACGGGCCCCGCCAUGCCCGCCGCCUACCCGCAGCGGGCCCUGACGGUGCUGCUGCUCUUCGGCACGCUGGCCGCCGCCAUGGCCCUGCUCGCCUCCAGCCUCAUCUUCCAGCUGCCGGCGGGGCGCACCGGUGCCGGUGCCGGUCGAGGUGCGCUACCGGAGCCGGCGGCCGCCGUGCUGCUGCCGGUGUCGGCUGUGCUGGCCGCACUCUGCCUGGUGCUGAACGUCAGCUGCCUCCUGCUCUGCCUCCUCCACGGCUACUUCAGCACCGAGCUGUGCCGGGGGCAGCCCGGGCCCGACCGGGCAGACUGGUUCCUUCUGGACAGCCGCACCGUUCGCCACACUGCCAUCGGCUUGUUCUGCUGCGGCGUCUCAGUCUACCUAACAGCUCUCGCCAUCUACAUGCUGCUGCUGUUCGAACUGGAGGCCGGCAUCGCCAGCGCCUGCAUCCUCUCCUCUGGCAUCAUUGUCCUGCUGAUCACGGUGACGCACGCCCUGGUACGGGCUUCCCAGGUUUCGCGCCGUAGCCACUCUGAGGUCUCCCACACCCUGUAUGAGAACGACUCUGCCCAACACGGCGAGUCCUCCACCAGCGAUCUGAACAACAAGAACAUAGCUGCGCCCCGGCCCCGGUCUGAGAUCCACCGGGAAUUUUCCUUCCCUCCUUUCCUGGAGCACAAAUCCCAGCUGGGCUCUCCAGCCAGCAGCAACCUCACCUCCUCGGGCAGCCCUGGGCUUCGCUCCGAGAAGGAGAGCUACAACCUGCCCCGAACGCACAGGACACUGUCAGCAGAGUCUGGGCUGCUGCAGGUGCAGGGCAAGCCCUGGAACAGCAUCACGCAGGAGAUGAGGAAUGUGAUGUCACGCAAACCUGGAGCCUUGGGCAAGGACUCAACUCUGGUGUGAGUGGAAACGGGACCUUUUCACCCUGCCGCAAGCACCUGGGCCACAAUUUGCAUCUCUGUUUAGAGUUUAAUAUAGGUCAUGUCUCACCAGGGCAGGGGUCUGUGCAGCCACUGCCUGAUGCUCUUUACUUCUUUUACUGAGAAGACGCCACCUCCACUCAAAGCCAAAAGCCCUCAGCCACCUGCACUGAGUCCCUGUCCCCUCCUGUCACUUGCGAUGCUGCUGACACUUGCCACCCUGCAAACACGAACCCUGCUGGCAGGGCAGCAGCUGGCAGUGCCCCAGCAGGACCCCCAUGGCUGUCCCAGCUGCAGUGAAGGACACGAAACCCCCACUUCCCCCAUGUGGGUGAGAAGCAGCAAGUGGACCUUGCCCACAAGCAGACCUACCCUCCUCCAGCAGACACCAGCUGAUUUCUCCACCUGGCUGUAUCUCCCUGCCUCCUUCCUUCCUCCUCCAUCCCCAGGAGCCAGCACGGCACCAAGUUUGUACAACCGACCCAGCAGGGCUUUCCCCCAGCAUGCAGCCAGGAGGUGCAAGAAGAGCAAGCGAGAGGGAACCAGGAGUCUGCAGCUGCAGGGUGGGGGCUAAGGUGACAGCCAGCCUGCUGCUCGGUCACCAGCCCAUCUCAGAUUCCCUCUCACCUCCUGUGCCAUUAUCCUGAAAGACUCCCGUUAUCCUGAGCACUCUGGAGACUGAGUUUAGCACUGCUUUGAUCCCUGCAUCCUUGCUAAAUUCUUCAGCAGGACCAAACUGUUGGUUCCAGGAUUGAUCAAUAUCGAAGUUGCAUCCUUUUUAAAGCAACCUCUAAAGCUGUGCAUCCAGCUCUGCUUCCCACUGCUUGACAGGGGAUGAGGAAAGUCCUUUUUCUGUUAGGUUUUUGGAGUUUGUUGUUUUUUGGUUUUUUUGAAGAACAGGACAGUGGUGUUUUGUUUUGUUUCUCCACUUGAAAGGCUCCAACGCUGCAUGUCUUUGUUUUGCUCUGUGCCCUUUGAAACACGCAGAGCCAGCAGGUUCCAAGACCCCCCAGCCCAAGGCGAGCAACAGGGGAAAGUUUUAGACAGAACUUUCGUUUUUUCUUUUUAUUGUUCUCACUAAAACCAAAU